UUAUAUACACAGUGAUUGACGCUAGUAGUUCAGUACACCUAUUGGAGUGGGAACUAAUCGGACUAUUCAUCCAACGCUCAAAAUGGCAGACAAAUUGUCAGGACAAUGGGAGACAGACCAGGAACAUGGCAAGAACGAAAACUUUAAAAAAUACCAUACUGCUAUUGGAUUAGGCGCAGAUGUGGUGGAUCAGUUCAGCAAAGUCCGAGAUGCUCUUGAAUAUGAAAUAAACGGGACAAAGAUGACAUGCAAAGUUCUUAUUGGCGGAAAAGUGAUAAAAACCUAUGAUGACAUUGAAGAGGGAAAAGAAGUGUCAAUAGAAGGCGUUGACGGAAAACCAUGUUUGUUCUGUUAUCGCAUUAAAAAUGGUAAAUGGGUAGAAACCUACAAACCAGGUGAUGGCAAAGGCAUAGAAGUUGAAACAACGAAAGUCGUCAACGGAAACAAAUUAACGAUUACCCACAACAUUGUCGGUAAGGAUAUCGCCUAUACCUACACAGCAACUAAGAAGUAGAGCAAGAAGAUUUCUACCUGGAGACACUGGACAUUACACACUUUUACAAAGGAAUCUGUACUGCACGACGGCAAUAUUUCCAUUAUAAUAUAUGUUCACGUUUGUCUUAAUGUGAUGUAGUACUGGCAAGCAGUUGGACAUUUACCAUACGAUGUAUAAUUCUACACGUUAUGAAGAACAUUAAACCAUAAACGUGCCAUGACAUCAGAAACAAGAGUCUUCAUGUAUAUUGCGAUAAAAUGUGUGUUUUAUAUCAUCUAUCUUAUAUAAUUCAAAUAAAUGUUUGAUCAAAGUUAUUAAUUUAAUAAAUAACGAAUUAUUUUGCAAAUAUUAGUUCCUUGUACGAUAUCAAGUCAGACAUGUUCUGAGCCUUAUAUGCCCAGUGGUUCCAUUGCAAUUAGCGUGGUUCCAAUUUUGAGAAUGUGAAUUUACUUUGGUUUUAUCUAAAGUUUCACGGUGGGUAUCGUCUAAAGUUUCAAUGUGAGUAUCGUCUAAACUUUCACGGCGGGUAUCGUCUAAAGUUUCACGGCGGGUAUCGUCUAAAGUUUCACUGUGGGUAUCGUCUAAAGUAUCACUGUGGGUAUCGUCUAAUGUUUCACGGCGGGUGUCGUCUAAAGUUGCACGGCGGGUAUCGUCUAAAGUUUCACGGCGGGUAUCGUCUAAAGUUUCACGGUGGGUAACGUCUAAAGUUUCACGGUGGGUAUCGUCUAAAGUUUCACGGUGGGUAUCGUCUAAAGUUGCACGGCGGGUAUCUUCUAAAGUUUCACGGCGGGUAUCGUCUAAAGUUCUACGGAGGGUAUCAUCUAAAGUUUCAAGGCGGUUGUCGUCUAAAGUUACACGGCGGGUGUCGUCUAAAUUUUCACGGCGGGUAUCGUCUAAAGUUUCACGGCGGGUGUCGUCUAAAGUUUCCCGGUAGGUAUCGUCUAAAGUUUCCCGGUAGGUAUCGUCUAAAGUUUCGCGGCGGGUAUCGUCUAAAGUUUCACGACGGGUAUCGUCUAAAGUUUCACGGCGGGUAUCGUCUAAAGUUUCACGGCGGGUAUCGUCUAAAGUUUCACCGCGGGUAUCGUCUAAAGUUUCACGACGGGUAUCGUCUAAAGUUUCACGGCGGGUAUCGUCUAAAGUUUCACUGUGGGUAUCGUCUAAAGUAUCACUGUGGGUAUCGUCUAAUGUUUCACGGCGGGUGUCGUCUAAAGUUGCACGGUAGGUAUCGUCUAAAGUUUCCCGGUAGGUAUCGUCUAAAGUUUCACGGUGGGUAUCGUCUAAAGUUUCACGGCGGGUAUCGUCUAAAGUUUAACGGUGGUAUCGUCUAAAGUUUCACGGCGGGUAUCGUCUAAAGUUUCAAUGUGAGUAACGUCUAAAGUUUCACGGCGGGUAUCGUCUAAAGUUUCACGGUGGGUAUCGUCUAAAGUUUCACGGCGGGUAUCGUCUAAAGUUUCACGGCGGGUAUCGUCUAAAGUUUCACGGCGGGUAUCGUCUCAAGUUUCACGGCAGGUAUCGUCUAAAGUUUCAAUGUGAGUAACGUCUAAAGUUUCACGGCGGGUAUCGUCUAAAGUUUCACGGCGGGUAUCGUCUAAAGUUUCACGGCGGGUAUCGUCUAAAGUUUCAAUGUGAGUAACGUCUAAAGUUUCACGGUGGGUAUCGUCUUAAGUUUCACGGCGGGUAUCGUCUAAAGUUUCAAUAUGAGUAACGUCUAAAGUUUCACGGUGGGUAUCGUCUAAAAUUUCACGGCGGGUAUCGUCUAAAGUUUCAAUGUGAGUAACGUCUAAAGUUUCCCGGUAGGUAUCGUCUAAAGUUUCAAUGUGAGUAACGUCUAAAGUUUCACGGCGGGUAUCGUCUAAAGUUUCACGGUUGGUAUCGUCUAAAAUUUCACGGCGGAUAUCGUCUAAAAUUUCACGGUAGGUGUCGUCUUAAGUUUCACGGCGGGUAUCGUCUAAAGUUUCACGGCGGGUAUCGUCUAAAGUUUCACGGCGGAUAUCGUCUAAAGUUUCACGGUGGGUAUCGUCUAAAGUUUCAAGGUGGGUAUCGUCUAAAGUGUCUAGGUGGGUAUCGUCUCAAGUUUUACGGCGGGUAUCGUCUAAAGUUUCAAUGUGAGUAACGGCUAAAGUUUCACGGUGGGUAUCGUCUAAAGUUUCACGGCGGGUAUCGUCUAAAGUUUCCCGGUAGGUAUCUUCUAAAGUUUCACGGCGGGUAUCGUCUAAAGUUUCACGGCGGGUAUCGUCUAAAGUUUCACGGCGGGUAUCGUCUAAAGUUUCAUGGUAGGUAUCUUCUAAAGUUUCACGGCGGGUAUCGUCUAAAGUUUCACGGCGGGUAUCGUCUAAAGUUUCACGGCGGGUAUCGUCUAAAGUUCUAAUGUGGGUAUCGUCUAAAGUUUCAUGGUAGGUAUCUUCUAAAGUCUCACGGUGGGUAUCGUCUAAAGUCUAAAUCAUCUGGUAUUCCAAGCAAAUGUAUAUUUUAAUCGUAUUUUGCCCUCGUUUGAAAGAUUUUGAAUAGUGUUGGUAUAUUCUCUUGUUUUGUCUUAGAGCUAAAUUCUGCCAAGGUUUCGAUGUGAACUAAGCAAUAUUGCUCGCAACCUGGUUAAUAAAUUUAGCAUG